CCGAGCAAUGGCGGUGGACUUCACGGCCACCUACAAAAUACUCGUCCUAGGGGAUAGCAAUGUUGGAAAAACCUGCAUUGUGCAUCGUUUCUGCGACGAACGUUUCUACGACACCUACAUCUCCACCAUCGGCAUCGACUUCAAGCAGAAGAUAAUCAAUCUGGACGGUACACCUGUCAAACUACAAAUAUGGGACACAGCGGGCCAAGAACGUUUCAGGACACUGACCACCGCCUACUACAGAGGAGCAAUGGGCAUCCUCAUAAUGUACGAUGUCACCAACAUGGAUUCCUUCAACCACCUUUCCUACUGGUUCAGGAACGUCGAAGAGAAUGCGUCACCGGAAGUGAUCAAGGUGUUGGUUGGCAACAAAUGUGACGCAACGCAUCUGAGGCAGAUCGAACAAGAAAGAGGGGCCAAAAUGGCGGAAAGCUUCGACAUUCCUUUCUUCGAGUGCAGCUGUAAGAGGAACGUUAACAUUCAAGAAGCCUUCGUUGCAUUAGCACGCAAGAUUCGGGAGCAAAGGGAACAAAGGGCCGGCAAGUUCGACGAUCUCGAACGCAUGCAGUGGGAGAAAGCGGAUCUCAACCAGAACAAGCAAUUAGCAUCCGGCCAGUACAGGUGUAACUGCUGAGACAUAAAAAAGAGGAAAUUGUCACAGUACCCUACGGCGCUUUGCCACGGUGGGUGUGGCACAGCACCGAAUAUCGCCAUGCUGGAAAUUUCAAGUUCUACAUCUCGCGGCAUUCCAAACAACACGCUUACCUACUGUUAUACUCGACGACUGUGUAUUUUGGUUCACCUUGUGUGCUCAGGGUUCUGUCUGUGACACGGUAUGAUACUUUGUCACGUUUCCUAUAGGUAUAGUAACUGUGUGGUCCCAGAAUAUUUUUCUCACAUCCUGCAGACCGUAUCCACUAGGUUCCAAAUAUUUCUAGGCCACCACGUACGCCUCAGCAAAUGUUUGAAAACGCAGAGCAGAAGACCACUUCAUCGCAUUGUUGCAACCGCAUCCCCAUGUAGCUCUACCGUUAUCUCCGAUGCCUUCGAAUGCUAUGACGCAUCCCACCUUGAGCUUUGUGAUUGGUCUCUGCUUCUGACGUCACGGCCAUAAAGGUCGCCUGGAGUAGAAAGGAAAAUUGAACUUGAGUUUUAUUAAUAUUAUUAUUUUUUUAUAUAUACUCUAUAAUUCUGUUGCAUAGCGCGGCCGUGCUGUUUCGAGUGCUGCGGAAAACCGCAAAUGAACUACGAAUAAGAAAUGUGCCGAAGAAGAGUUCACCAUACAAAGAAGGAACUAUAGCUAGUUUCGCUACGAAUCGUUUAGUACCGUAGAUCAAUAUACCGGAUGUCUUCAACGAGUGGUCUAACAAUCCUUGAUUGCAUGUCAGCGCAACGUGUGCACAACACAAAAAUCCGUUUGAUGUUAGAACAUGUGAACGUUUAGCUGUGUAUCUGGUACUGAUCAAACUUGAAUCGACGAUGCCUGCCUCGAGUGCAUUGCUCACGUGGUGGGAAAACAGAAGAAUAUGUAUAAAUAUGGGGUACGGAGCACGGGGUACAGUUUCUGAACAAAUACUGAUGGGACGUAUAGGAGAAAAGCACGAGGAGUCACGUGUAGCCAAUAUACACUGUUUUAUCCCACACUCUUCUCCCUAUUUUUGUUUCGUGUUCAAUUCUACCCGCAGUGUAUAUGCCACGUGUUACACUUCUUUACGGUGUGGUGUUUUCUUUGCAAACGCGCAUAAAUAUCCCAACUUUUCACACUUACAAAUGUACAUAAUAAUAAAACAAAUACGUGUAAGAACUCACGCGGGUGCGUGUUGUGUACGGCAAAGUAACGUGUCUUAUUUUGCCCUGCCUUUUUGUAAUACUCCAGUCCGGAUGCAGUGCAAGCCAUUUUGUCAUUCUCGCGGAUAAACUUGCAAGUGAAAUAUGGUAUACAUGUCUUUUAAGCGGAGCCAAUUUGUGAAUAAAAGAAGCUGAUUGCA